GAGGAUGGGAUGGAAAACCUUUGCUCUUGCUGUUGUUAACUUUGAUUGCUCGCUCCUGUCCAAUUGAUUGAUUGAUUGAUUGAGCUUGGGGCUCGAUCGCCCUGGUGGUUCCAGCCUGGGAAAUGGAAUGCUCUCCUCCACACACAUGAUCGAAAGAGAGAGAGCGAGUGAAUUUAAGCCCAUAGCCAGGGAAGCGGUACUCUUUUGGCUUUGCUUUCCCAUUGAUUAAGCCGCGUCGCGGUCGUUGCCUUUGCGAUGCUCUCAAUCCACUCCAGCGAGAGAGGAAGUGUGAGAUUGAAGGAGGGAAACUCCUCUCUUAAUGGACGGGUGUAUAAAAAGCCACUCGCGCUUCACUGUUCACGACCGCGAGCCUCGCAAAGAUCUUUUAUUUUUGUGUGUGUGUGUGCGCUGAAUCUUCCCCCCUCCAAGGUUCUCUCGUGUCACUCUAGAAUAUAGCAAGAUCUUUGUUGUUUAAUCGGUGGAUGUAACUUAUAUAUCGAUCGAUCGAGGUGAGAGGAAUGGAGGAGUACUACGGAAGGAAGUAUGCCGGCUAUCUCCUCCCUUCCCUGGCCGCGGUGAUGAGGAGCUCGUCGAGCUUGAGCGUGGACGAGAGAGAUCAGGUGAUAAAACUGGUCGCGGAUGGAUCGCUGGCGGCCACUGCUCGAGGAACUAGCUGCUGCUGGAGUGGAGCUCUGGCUCGCCAGGUUCUUGGAGGAGAUCGUCGCCGAGUCCAUCGAGCUCGCAGAGCUUCCGGAUCAUCUAGAGUGUGGAGCUGUGUGUCCAAGAGGAGGAGCCGCGUAUGCCUGAGGCGGAGCUUGCGAAAGUCUCGGCGGCAAUCAUGCGAGAUCACGGAGGGCCGCAUUGAAGUGCUCAAGGAUUUGAUUCCCGGAGGCCGGCUCGUGAAGAGCUCGGCGGUGUUGCUCCAGGAGGCGGUGGAUUACAUGAUGUUCUUGGAGGUCCAAGUGGGAGUUUUGAGCUCCUUGGCCGCGGGAGUGAUCGAUCUAUAAGUUGGAUUUUUUGUCUCUCUUCGCAAGGAAGAGGAAAGUUGUUCCACUGUUCUUGGGAAGCAAGUUGGUUCUUCUUUGAAUCAAAGGAAAAAAAAAAAGAAACUCACCUUU